CCAUCGAGACCUCACUGAGCUUUACCCAAAUUCAACUCUCAGAUCAAUCUGUCCUAUCUCAGUCUCUCUCUCUCUUCUCCCGCCGUGCGGCCGUCUCUCUACGCGUUCGCAGCUCCUAGAACUACCCUCGCCGUCGGUUCCUUCUCCCAUCUCAGUAUUUUUUCAAUAUCUUAGGCGUCCCCAUCGGUUCCUACUUCAGCCAACACACGGUUGUCUAGAAAAUUUUGGCUGUCUAUCUUUCCGUGUGUUGCGGCGCAAUGGUUUACAUCACCUCGUGGGACGAGUUCGUCGAGCGAUCCGUGCAGUUGUUCCGUGCCGAUCCCGAUUCUACGCGGUAUGUAAUGAAAUACCGGAACUGCGAUGGUAAAUUGGUACUCAAGGUCACUGACAACCGAGAGUGUCUCAAGUUUAAGACAGACCAGGCGCAAGAUGCUAAGAAGAUGGAGAAGCUUAACAAUAUAUUCUUCACGUUGAUGGCUCGGGGUCCUGAUGCGGAUGUAUCAGAAGUUACUGGAAAGGAACCGAUGGACGCACAGCCAACCAAGAAAGGAAGAGGAAGGAAACAAUAACUUUGUUUGCUACUAGA